AUGAUGAAGGCAGCACAGCGAAAGGUUGAAAGCAAGGGAACGGCAUCAUGUGGAGACGAUGAUUUGGAUUUCUUGAUCGAAGUUGUUCAGAAACGAAGCGAAGAAGCUCGUGCCACUAUUGAUACUAGUACCGGUACGAGUACUCAACCAAAGCAAGGUGAGGAGAGGACUGAUUGUGACUUGCCCGUAAGCAAGAAGACAACAAACAAAAAGCCAGAAGGCGAUGUCACUGAGCCGCUCAAAGUAAGUGCUGGUGUCUUGGUUACCGGUGCGGCUAUUAAUAGUAAGAGUGACGCUCUCCCCUCCCAGAUGGAUGACUGUCACUCAAAGGGAGGUACCGGUAGGAAAAGCGACCAAAGCUCUAACUUACUUCAUCGGAUUCUCGAAGAGAGUCAUACCAAUGGAGAAUGGAUUCAGAAUCUCGAAGACCAAGAAGAAGGAGGAGCAAAUACAACGAUUCUUGCGAGACGUUCUCGUCUAAACAACCUUGUAGCUCCCGGUGCCUAUGCCUACUCGCCUGGUGGCUUGGAUUCUCCAAAUACAUCUUUGGACUAUGGAUCCGUCACGUCCCCUGAAAUCGCUACUGAAGACGAAGGCACGUCUACUGGUGUUUCCGUUGACGAUAGCCAACUCGCAAAAGCACGACCGGUGCAGGAAGACGACUUGGAAACUGCUCAGCCAGUACGACUCCAGGAUUUGAAUACCGGUACCUCUAAUAGUCCGCUGAAAGAAGUGCUGCAAAAAGGGGCAAUCCUGCUGAUUCUGGUUUCCGUAGCAUUGGGAAUAGUUAUCCUGGUGGUCCUCCUCUUGCGCGGGGACAGUGACGACACAACGCUGGUUCCAUUGCACCAAGACGACACAUUGACGAUUAGUCCGACUGGGUAUUCGCAGGAUUCACAUAUCAUGUCCCUUCUCCCUGAGUAUACCGUUAGGGAAAUUCAACAGAAACCAGAUUCACCCCAAGCAUUAGCACUUGACUGGAUUCUGAGUGAGAAAAGCCUGUCGAACUACACUGAUGAAAGAAUCAUCCAAAGGUAUUCGCUAGCAGCUCUAUUCUACGCUACGAAUGGACCUUCCAGCUGGGUGUACAAUUCUGGGUGGCUCUCCGAUUCUCAUGAGUGCACCUGGGACAUGAGUGCAGCAGCCUUUGAAGGAUACUUUGGAUACCAAUUCUACAGCCCAUGUCUGCUUGAUGGUACAAAUGCCUCUGGGCCGGGAGAAGUCUAUCAAUAUUUACAUCUGGAAGGAAACGGGUUACGUGGAACUCUCCCUGAAGAGUUGUAUUUGUUGAGCAACUUGAGGGAUCUAAACAUGGGCUUGAACAAUGGCUUGGAAGGAACGUUGUCCACCAGGGUGGGACAGCUUACCGGUUUGCAGGUGCUUUCCUUUGCAACCAGCCCCAUCUCUGGUACCAUACCCACCCAGAUAUCUCAGACUGCUGUGUCAUUUUUGUACCUCUUUAACUGUAGAUUGGAAGGCUCAAUCCCUAGUGAACUUGGCUUGUUGUCAUCGUUGAUUGAGGUGGAUUUGGCUGAGCAACUGCUCAGCUCAAGCAUCCCCUCGGAGCUUGGGCUCUUGCACCAAAACUUGGAGGUGCUUUUCAUUGGGGACCAAGGUUUGACUGGAGAGAUUCCAAACGAACUUGGGAGCUUGACUGCACUCAAGGAAUUCGGCCUCUCCAACAACCUGCUGACUGGGACCCUUUCCUCGGAGCUUGGAUUGUUGCGGAAGGCUCAUUACUUCAGCACAGCUGGCAAUCAGAUAUCGUCAUCCAUCCCCAGCGAAUUCGGGCUGCUCUCAUCCCUCAUUCAACUCGACCUGUCCAGCAACCAUUUGUCUUCAACACUUCCGGUGGAGCUUGGACAACUAGCAGCAAUGCCUCCAAUCAAAAGCUAUGACUCCUACCAUUUCAACCCCCCACGAGAGGCAGGAAAGUUGGUUCGUUUGCGACUGGCCGAGAACAACCUAAGCGGGCCUCUACCAUCUCAGAUUGGUCUUCUGACUCAUCUGGAAUUAAUUGAUCUUCAUGAGAACUUGCUGUCAUCCGCGAUUCCAUCCGAGUUCGGCCUCCUCUCCAACUUGACGACUUUGAAUUUGGCCAACAACUCGCUAUCUGGAACGGUGGAUGAAUCCUUGUGUUUUUUUAGCUCGGUUGCUUUUGAUUGUUCCAGCGAUUUUUGCGGCUGUAACUGUACAUGUGAAUCUAUUUAG